UAGGAAGGCUGGGACCCGAGGCAAGGCUGCAGCCACCAAGCAGGCCCAACGUGGCUCUUCCAAUGUCUUCUCAAUGUUCGAACAAGCCCAGAUUCAGGAAUUCAAGGAAGCCUUCAGCUGCAUUGACCAGAACAGGGAUGGGAUCAUCUGCAAAUCAGAUCUGAAGGAGACCUAUUCCCAGCUUGGGAGGGUAAGUGUCCCGGAGGAGGAGCUGGACGCCAUGCUGCAGGAAGGAAAGGGUCCCAUCAACUUCACGGUCUUCCUCACACUCUUUGGGGAGAAGCUCAAUGGGACGGACCCCGAGGAAGCCAUCCUGAGUGCCUUCCGCAUGUUCGACCCCAGCGGCCAGGGGGUAGUGAACAAGGAAGAGUUCAAGCAGCUUCUCAUGACUCAGGCAGACAAGUUCUCUCCUGCUGAGGUGGAGCAGCUGUUUGCACUGACACCCAUGGACCUGGCGGGCAACAUCGACUAUAAAUCUCUCUGCUACAUCAUCACCCACGGAGAUGAGAAAGAGGAGUAGACAGGCUGAGGUCACCUCAAUAAACUCUGUGCCUGAACUAGAA